UCCCCCCAUAUCCGUGCGCCGAGCUGAUAAAGGCGCCAUUUUGGAGGGGCCGCGGGAGACGUGGUGUCGCUGCGGGCUCGCUCUGCCGUGCGCUAGGCUUGGUGGGAAGGCCUGUUCUCGAGUCCGCGCUUUUCGUCGCCGCCAUGUCGGGAGGUGGUGUGAUUCGUGGCCCGGCAGGGAACAACGAUUGCCGCAUCUACGUGGGUAACUUACCUCCAGACAUCCGAACCAAGGACAUUGAGGACGUGUUCUACAAAUACGGUGCUAUCCGCGACAUCGAUCUCAAGAAUCGCCGCGGAGGACCGCCCUUCGCCUUCGUUGAGUUCGAGGACCCUCGAGACGCGGAAGACGCGGUAUAUGGUCGCGACGGCUAUGAUUACGAUGGAUACCGUCUGCGGGUGGAGUUUCCUCGAAGCGGCCGUGGUACAGGCCGAGGCGGCGGCGGGGGUGGAGGUGGCGGGGCUCCCCGAGGCCGCUAUGGCCCCCCAUCCAGACGUUCUGAAAACAGAGUGGUUGUCUCCGGACUGCCUCCAAGUGGAAGCUGGCAGGAUUUAAAGGAUCACAUGCGUGAAGCAGGUGAUGUAUGUUAUGCUGAUGUUUACCGAGAUGGCACUGGUGUCGUGGAGUUUGUACGGAAAGAAGAUAUGACCUAUGCAGUUCGAAAACUGGAUAACACUAAGUUUAGAUCUCAUGAGGGAGAAACUGCCUACAUCCGGGUUAAAGUUGAUGGGCCCAGAAGUCCAAGUUAUGGAAGAUCACGAUCUCGAAGCCGUAGUCGUAGCAGAAGCCGUAGCAGAAGCAACAGCAGGAGUCGCAGUUACUCCCCAAGGAGAAGCAGAGGAUCACCACGCUAUUCUCCCCGUCAUAGCAGAUCUCGCUCUCACAUAUCUGAAGAGAUGGAUUAAGAAUGCUUUGGAUUAAGGAUUGUGGAGCACAUUUCAAUCAUUUUAGGAUUGUCAAAAGGAGGAUUGAGGAGGAUCAGAUCAAUAAUGGAGGCAAUGGUAUGACUCCAAGUGCUAUUGUCACAGAUGAAAUUGGCAGUAUUGACCUUAUACUAAAAGGCAAGGGUUAAAAGUGAUUAUAUAUAUAUAUAUACAUCUACCUUAAAACACUUGCAAACAUCUUAUGCAGUUAUCUUUAGCUGCAAUUGCUUUGCUCUUUAAACCUUGGCAAUUGUGGCAAAAUUACAUUGCCCAUUUUGUAACAAUUUAUUUUGCUCCCUUCCCCCCUUUUUUGUUUUAAUAGGGACUAAUGUGGGAAGAACUGGCUAAUUUGUCACAGUGCUUAGUUACAACUGUUAAUGUGUGACCUGCUGUUGGUGUACAUGUGGGUACAGGGUGUCUUUAAUUCCAACCAGAUAGAGUAUAAUAUCAAUACUGCUAAAUCUGCAUGUCCUCUGUGUGACUGAUAUAGCGUUGCUAUUUCAUUUUUUUAAGACAAAAUGAAAGCAAAAUAGAAUUCCAGUGUAUUGGUGUAGAUAAUCUAGUUGGGAAUACUUUUAAGUCUCACCUUCCCCUUUAAACUAAUACUCAUAAUUGACUCAUGUUUAAAACACUUUAAUUUACAAAUUAAAUUGCAGAUGGGAGCACUAGGUUUAGUUUAGACUUAGGGUGGGUAGCAAUACCAGUAAACUUCUCAACUACAUAACUUUUUGCAACCACAAAACCUGUAAUACGCUGUACAGUAACAAGUGUUGGCAUUAUCAGUUGAACUGUAAAUAUAAAAUGCUUCUUCCAAUUAGUCUCUAUGAUGAUUAAGUUUCUAAAAUUUAUCUGAACACCAUUCAGAAACUUGUUUUGGGGAAUUUGAUAGUUAUUGAUGUACAUCUGUUAAACUGAUGACAGACAUAACUCAUCAUUCCCCAGAAACCUUUUUUGAUUACAGUAUCUAACAUUUUGCCUCCUCUUUUUUGGUUUUGCUGGUUAUAAAGGUUUGGAUUGGAGAGGGCUCACUGGAUCCCAAUCCUUGGAGCUGGAUCAUUGGAUUCAAAUCAUAAUGUGGAUAGGAUAGGGAGGAUGAAUUACAAGGAUUCAUGGAGCGGGAUCAGAUUACCAGGAACAUAGGAGUGGAUUCCUGCCCCAACCAAACCGCAUUCGUGUGGAUUUUUUUUUUUUAUUCAACUUAAUUGGCUAUUCCAAAGAUUUUUUUUUUUCCUAUUUUUGACGAUUGGAGCCCUUAAGAUGCACGAUGGAAUUGUGUUUUGCAUUUUUUGGUAAAAGGAGCAAAGCGAGGACCUGGAGAUAAUACGCUGGAGCAAUCUCCUUGGAAGGAUUCAGCACGAGUAGAUGGUAAACAUUUAAAGGGGAAAGGGGGGGUUUGUUUAAAAUAGUAAAUCAGUAAGUCACUUCUAAAUUUAAAGAACAAAAUUGGAGUUGAAGAAUAAGUAGGUUUCCAAUUGGCUAUUGCCGUUUUUCUUUGAAAAAAAUAAACAUUUUUUAAAAAACUAUGCAUGGUUGUCCUUUUUCCUCUUCAUGUAAAAUUUUAAUUGGGUGACUAGUUUAUCAGUUAAUACUUUGAUAAGAUUCUGUUAUGUGUUAGUAAAUUAAAGGUUCUUGAAAGGUAAUUUCUAAUAAAUGGCCAUCUUAUUAAUUAUAAGUCUUUUGGGGGAGAUAAGGUAAAAAUAAGGCAAUUGUGUAUAUAAUAUGGUAAAUGGGGGGUGAUCUAGUUUCUGAAAGAUAAUCUCCCGUACUUUGAUAAAAGUGAUUAAAUUUUAUAGAUGUUUAUUUUUUGGUGAUCAUCUAGACAACAUAGGCUUUUGUGCAGAAUUGGGUAGUGACUAGUUAAUGUUAACUUGGGGAUAGCCUUUGAGAUUUUCAAGCUUUUCUCAAAAAUUGGUAAGUAUUAAAUGUUAUAAUUCACAGAUUAGAGCUCUUAACACAAAUGACAUUUUUUCUGAAAUGUGAAUAAUACACUAGAAUUUUAACUGCUUAUUUAUUGUUAAUAAAAAGCUGGGCUUUCUUUAGAAUUUUGCCUUGCAAAUCCUCAACCAUAAGAUUAUUCUGUAUCCAAAACAUACCAAAGCAGUGAUUUAUAUCUUAGUCUGCUAGUUCUUGUAUCUUUUUAUUUGAUAGCCCCUCGGUGCUAAAUUUUCAAUGAGUUGGGGGAGGAGAUUUUUACUUAAAAUCCCUAAUCUUUUUCUUUUGAUUUCCUCAUAGCUAGUCAAAACCAUCAAAACACUUUUUUCUGCACUCAAAAGAAAUAACUAAGUCUUAACAUUUGCCUUGGAUGCUAAUCAGAGCUGGAAGCUGAAUUUAAGACCACUAUGCAGGUGACAUAAUUUGAAACCUAGGGAAAACUAGACAUAAUCUUGGGAAUAGAAGAAAUGGGCCCCAGUAGAUAAGGGCACAUUUGCAUAAGGGCACCCAAUCAAAACAUUUUGAUGGACCUUGUGGAAUGUAAGGAGGAAGAGAAGGGACAUUUAAGUUCAAAACUAAGAUUCCACUUACAAGUAAAGAACUGGUUUAGAUAAGGAAGUUUGUAGUUUUUAUGCAAGAAUUGAAAAUACAAUGUUCAAGAAGUGGAAAGAUUUUUACUAACUAAAGCCGUUUCAUGUAUAGAAUAUAAGUACUUUUUAAACUAAUUUUGGAAAGGUUAAUGUGAGCUAGACUUAAGCUUGUGUUCAUUUUGCCUUCACUGAAGAUUGAGAGCAUUUAAGCUAAGUUGAAAGCUGUGUUCUACUAAAAACUUAGUAGUCCAAAUCUCAGAAUUGAAGUGAGUUAGAAAAUAUCUGAUAAUAGGCUGUCUGAAGAUUAGAGGACUUGGCUACAUAUUUAUAGAAGGUAGAUGGGCACUGGACCAGACAGCAAAAAGCUGUGAGGGCAGAUGCAGACUUUUUUCAGUCUUAGGAAAUGGGCCUUAAACCUCUAUCCAUUUUGGCAGCUGUUAGAAGGGUGUUGCACUGUUUUGGAACCAAAAAAGUAGCCCUGAAUUGUUCCCUUUUUCUCCCUAUUUAUGUCCCCUUAGAAUAGUGUAGGGAGCCUAUAAUUAGCUUGUUAUUUUCUAACCAAGGAAAAACUUUUAAGAAGCAAUUAUUUUUCAUAACGUCAGAUUGAAUAACCCAUCUUGCUGUUCAGCCCACAUCCUUCUGGAAACAAAAGGUAAGAAACCCAUUUUCUGAUUCCUAAUUGUUUGGGAUCUGAAUUUUAUUUUUAAAAUUUGUUUAAUUUUUUUAAAAUACUGUAUGAACAGAUUUUCCUUGUUAAAAAUGUUUUUCCCCUUAAGUUUAAUAUCUUCAUAAAUUGAGUGCUCCUGUGUCCACUUAUUGUAGUGUUUUAAGUUUGGUAUGAUUCUAGAAUUUCAGCUUUCUCCAUUUUAUCUUUGAAACCUCUUGCUCAUUAGGACUGAUGUGUGUUUUCAAGUUUCUGUGCAGAUGAAUUUCUCAAUGUGUCUUUUCACUUUGUAUAUGAAGUUGUACUGAAAUACAAAUUAAGUUCUAUGUAUGUAUUUACCGUAAAUAGUAUUAAAAAGAGACUAUUAGGCUGAAGUUCUGUUGUAACAACCAGUCUGGUUUCAUUUAGUUCCAUCCCAGUAUGAAGAUUUCAAAGGCAGAAAACCGGUUCACAAUCUCUUAUCCAAAAAAUUCUGAGAACUUUGUUGUUGAAUGGGAAACCUGACCAGAAUUGAUGCCCUCAUUUUGCACUUAUUGGGACUGCACAGUCUUCUGCAGAAAUACUGAGGUUUCGUUACCCCCUUGCCAUAGGCUUUGCUGGGGGUGUUAGAUGAUAGAGUCUAUAUAUAUACACCAUACUUUAUUUUAUUAUAUGAAGUGUGAAUGGCUCUGAAUUUCAAAUACACCUGCCCCCUUGAGUUUGGAUAAGAGAUUAUAGAACUCUUACAGAAUAUAGGGCUAAGGUUCAUGUGAGUGAAAACCUGUUAAGUGUGGAUCUUUUCUUAAUGGAGAUCUAAGUUUCCGGUCUUUUUAGGCUGAAGCAGCCACGAGAAAAAAGGUAUGACCCACAUUUCUUUAUAUUCUAUUGCUAUAGUGGACUCACAGUUGUACUCCACUGAAGGAAAUACUCUUACCAUUCUAGUGUAUGUAGUGGUAUAUUCAAUUCUUGGGGGUAAUUUUUUUUCAAUACUUUACAGGAAUAUUGAUCAAUAUAAGAGAAACUGAGAUUGGCAUGAAUUGAUGCAAUUAUAAGGGAACAUCCUGAGUAAAUAAUCCUGGCAAAAAUUUGCUUUUUAAAUAGAGGCCCAAGAAGUUGCAGUUAUACUUAAACCAGCACUUAUUCCUGUGAUUGAGGACUUUGGGGAUGCAUCUUGAUAACUUCAAAAGCUAUACCUGAAGGUGGUGGUGAUUUUUGUAGGAAUCAGGGAAUUUUUCUAUUAAAUCACUUGGUGCUUCUGUAGUACCCCCCAAAAAAUAGCCUUUUCAUGUAGAAGUUAAUAGGCAGAAAUAACCUCAUAGUAAACAUUUUAAUAAGUUCCUUCAGCUGGAUUAUUGGGGAGAGAAAAUUUAUGCAUAGCCUUUGCAUAAGGAGUUGCUGUUUUAGACAGGUGUACAAAACAACAGAUGAAAUAAUAUUUAAGAUCUUGAGUUCAGAUUCUGGGUGUCUUUAUCUCGUAAGUACAAAGGAGUUAACAUUGAACCAAGUUAAAUGUCUUAACUCCUGCUACCUUGUGACUUAGUCUAUCAACUGUUGAUAGAACUAUCAACGUGAAGGUAGUAGAAAUUGAGAACCUCUAGAAUGCUGUACUCUUCACCAAAUACAAGCAAGACAACUUAAAGGGAUGCCAAAUGGCUAGUAAGUUUUGUUUUUGCUUUUUCAACCAUGGUCUGUUCUCCCCUGUUGGAUUAAAUGCUAGGGAAAACCUUGUAGCCACUAGAGGGAGCUAUUAUAUAAAGUAAACCAGGAGAGUAUCUCUAUUGCAAAGAAUCCCUAAAAGGAAGGUGGAAACCAACUAUCCUAGUUCUGUCAGCUCCAAAGUUAGGUGGGGUUUUUAGGGUGGGUAAGUUUUCUUCCUGUAAUUUAACCUGUGCCUUCUCAUCUGUUGAGUAAGGAUCCAUUUAGGUCUUGAACAGAGCUUUAUUAGCACUGAACCUCUAAAGAAAAAUAAGUUCAGGGACAUAGGAGAAAAUACUGAAGACGUGAAUCUGCUUGUUCUUCUGCCUCCCCUGUACACCUACAGGUAUGGAUCAGUGAGGCCAGAAGUGUAAGAAUUGGGUACAGGAGUACAUGUGUGCUGCAAAUGGCAAUCUAGGCAUAAAAUUGAUCUCAGGAAAAACAAACAUACUUUCAGAGAUCUUUGUCAUUUUUAUGGCAUGAAACAUUUCUGGAAUCUUCUCAGCAUUACUAAAAUACUUAAUGAGUGUUAGUUAAAACCCUGCUUAAGUUGACUGUGUUUGUAUUUUUGUUUUCUAGGCCUUGCAUAACUAGGCACAGUAUCUUGUGAUCAGAAAGCCCAUGCGCAUAGUUCUCUUGUCAUGUUAAUGUCAUUUUAUAUUAAGACUGAAAUUUUGGGGGAAUUAACACGAGCAUUUGUCACUUCCAUCAUCCCCUUCCCUAUGACCUUACAUUGGCAAAAAAUGUAAAGGACAGAAACUUCCCUCCUGUUUAAGAAUACCAUUGAAGUUUCUUAGGCCCACUUGAUCUAAUUUCAUCAAGAAAAUGGUAUGGUAGUGUUUCUUCCUAAAACAUUAAUGUUAGAAACUUGGCUGCUUUGAAGAAUAAGAUACUAAAAGCAAAUAAAAGUAUUUUCCGGGAGAAGAAAAUCAAGGUCACACAGUAGAGCUUGUCAGCCCGCUUGACAUUUUCUGUGGCAAGUGAGGCCACAGAAGGUGGUUGCUGACUAGCAGGCUUGGUGCAAGUUGGAUUGAGAAUGCUCUAGACUGGUAAUUUCCUAUCCUUAAUCCUAGGAAUGUUAGCUAUGAGGUCUCCUUAAUUUAACUUGUGAAGAGACACUCUAUAAAAGCAAAAUUGGACAAUUGAAAAUCCAGCAUUCCCUUUGUAAGAGAAAAAGGCUAAACUUGGAGAUGUAAAGUGCCAGGGGCAUGGCAGAAUUGUGUCCUGAGUUGCUGAAUAUUAGGGGAGCCUUAACAACUGAAGUUUGGGAUAAGCUUUCAAAUUGCAGCAAUAAUGGUUUAAAACAGGAAGAGACUGCUGCAUCUGGUAAACAGAAAACCUACAGCCUCUAAAUACGACUUGGAAGUCCUGGGCUGAAUCUCUUCUGCCCUUAAAGUGGCUGGCUUAGAAAUGGGAAUUCUACCAUCUACUAUAUGGUCAGUGAAUGCCAAGUGUGGUUAGAAAUUCAUUAAUAUCUUCAUCCCAAACCCCAGCUGUCCACCAGCUAACUGUUGACUAGGGUAAUUUUUUUUUUUUUAAUGAAAAAUUACGUUCUCACUUUCUACUAUAGUUACUUGAAACCUCAAUGCUUGGAGGUUAUUCUUAAAAAUAUGGCAGCUGAGCCCUUUAGUAACCUAGCCCCUAGCCUACUUCUGUAAUCUCAUUUCUAGCCCUCCCCCUGAUAAACUUCAUAUCCCAGGACUUGACAUUCUCCAGCAUUUCUUAUAUUUGGUCCUACUGUUUCUUUCUCCUGCAAUGCUUCUGUCUGCUCAUUUAGAGAAGUAUAACUUGAACACUGGAUAGUACCUCAAAAAUCACCUCCUGGAAACUUAAUACCUAUCAUACAGACAGAAUCAUUACUUUGUGUGUGGACAUAGACUCGUGUAUUUUCCUCUAGUAUAGCCAUGUCACUUAGCUUGCUUACACUAUCCAGCCAUCUACUUCAGCUUUCUUGCAUCAUGAAUUUUUAUUUUCUGAGGAACCAAAACAGUGUCUGGCACAAUAGUCACUAUAAGAACUCACUUAAGAGAAAAAGCACUAUUGGUUCUUCCUCUGUUCGCAGAGUAUUGCUACUGUAUUUUAAAACUGCCAUUCUGCCUUGAUUACCAGUGAGUUGUUAUGUAUCUGUCUUUUCUAACAGGUCGUAAUCUUUCUUCCUCCCCCUUCCAGGUACAUAGCACAAAAUAGCUAUGCACUGAAUAGACACUCAAGAUAAUUAUUCAAUUGCUAUGGAAGAGAAACCUAGAGAUUUGAAUUAUUUCCCGUUCUGAAUAUCUUGAAUAAGUAACCAGUAAAUAUAGGUCUAAAUUUCUUUUGUGUCUAAGUUGGGAAUAAAUCUUUAAUUGAUAUUUGUUGUGUAGUAGUAGAAGUUAAAUAUUUGUAUGUAACAUUAAAAUAUCAUUUUCCAUUCUCUGACCUCCUGGAGUGUUUCUAGUUAUUUUUGGAGACUUUUUUUUUUUUAAAGGAAUUUGAAUUAAUAAAUCGAGUGACGUCCACCUUUUAAGAUGUGAAAUGUUGAUUAGCAGUACAGCAAGCACACUACAACAAAGAAAACUAAAAAUGGCUCCUUUGUCCUCUAAAACUAGGUACUGAACUUGCACCAAGGUCAUAGUUAAGUUCUAUGACUUUAUUUUUUUAAGACUUUAUUUGACAGACACAGAGAGGGAAUGCAAGCAGGGGGAGUGGGAGAGGGAGAAGCAGGCUUCCCGCGGAGCAGGGAGUCCAAUGCGGAGCUCGAUCCCAGGAUCCCGGGAUCAUGACCCGAGCCGAAGGCAGAUGCUUAAUAACUGAACCACCCAGGCACCCCCUAAGUUCUAUGAUUUUCUGUAACCAGUUCUUAGCCACAGUACCAUACAUUGUAUCUAUGACUUGAACUAUAGUUUUAUUUGCCACAUCGAAAUGCUGUUUAGUUUUGUGUUCCAUCUCCAUUUGCCAUACCAGCAUACUUACCUGUGUACCCAGAUUCAUUACUGAAGUGGUUUCACAGACUCUAAUAUCCAUCCUGGCCAUCAAGUCUGAUCUUCUUAAAACAUUAUGUCAACUCCCCUAAUACAAAUCAACAAUGGGUUAUAGUCUGCCUUUCCAACUUACCACUAUUCUCAAUCACAUCUUCCCUUGCUCUGGUUGGUCUGGUAAAUACUGACCAUGCUUGUUUUUGCUUCUGUGUGUUUAUAGACAUUUCUCUUUCUGUCCUCUCACUUAGCAGUUACCCUGAAGCUUCAAAUCCUGAUCAACUUCAGUUAAGCUUAAUUCCUGAAACUAAAAAGUAAACUUCUAAGCCCGUAUAACAGCUCUCUUCUCUGAGGCAUUUAAUUUCAGAAUCUUUAUUACUGUUGAAAGUUUUGUGUUAGUUUUUCCUGCCCAGUGAGGUUUGUGUAGUAUUUGUAUCUCCCAUUCAGCCAAAUGCAGCGCUGACAGUUUAAUAAAUGUGAAGAGAUGGAAAGAACUUUUACUCCUUAAAAGCAUCACAAUAGGACCCUGUUCCACAAACUUCUGGGUAACUGGGUGGAUUAUUGGAGAAAACAAUGGUAAUCUUAAUACUGCAUCAAAUAAUCCCUCCUCAGAUGUGAUGCUAGGAAAUCAAGUUUAAAUGCCAGCCUAAGGGUGCCUGGGUGGCUUAAGUCUGGUUGAGUGGUUGAGCAUCCGACUCUUGGUUUCAGCUCAGGUCGUGAUACCUGGGUUGUGAGGUUGGGCUCUGUGCUCAGCCCAGAGUCCACUUGGGAUUCUUUCCCCCUCCUCCGCUGCCCUCUCAAAAGAAAUGCUAGCAUAAGCCAUGUAUAAUGGGGGAAGUAAAUGUCCCAAAGAUCAGUCUUGGAAAGUCAAGAAGAAAGUUGGUCUUUUGCAAGCUGUGCAUACUUUUUGAGUAUUGAUCACCAAGAAUUGGUGCUGUUAGGUCUAAGAGUAGAGUGGUUCCCUCUUGCUUCCUCCUGUGUGUCCUAUUUACAUCAUUCUUAAGCAUGAUUCUCAACAGAAGAAUCCUUAAAUUACUUCCAAAUCUAGUGGUCAUACCUCUGAGAAUUCCUGCAGAUUUGGGGGUUGGAUUAUUUUGGUUCUUUAUUAGUGAAGACAUGGGACACUCUGGUGGCAUCAUAGGUGAAGGCAUUGAUAGGUGAAGAUUAAUACAGAGUUUAGAAAAGGGGUAGUGUAUUUCCUUGGUUUGGGAGUCAGUGAAUGUGACUCCAGGACUCUGACCCUGGUUACUUAAUUGUCUCAAAGCCAAGAGACUCAACAGACCUUCCCCCACACACAUACCCUACAAGCAUCCCCAUUUCUUUUGUCUCUAAUUCUUCCACCCCUUCAUGGUCAGCUAAAGGCUUAAACAUUCUUGGACUAAUUGCACUAUAUUUCUGAUUUGCUUUUCUUCAUGUUUAUAUAGGGUCGUGUAUAAUGUAUGUAUUUGCAUAUUGUAUAGUUUUCAUGUAUAUGUGUUUUGCUUCCCCUGGGUACAUGGUAAACUCUGAGAACAAGCACUGUGUUAACUUUUUGACACUUAUUCCAAGAUGGCUGGUAUGCUAAUGUAUACCUUAAUGUUUAUGAAUAAAUAUGUUCAUGAAAUCUUAGGUGCAUUGCAUAGCCUAGAUAAAAUAAUAUGGUCCUCCAAACAUUGGGCUUAUUUCCAAAGUCGUGGCUUCAAGGGUUCAUGCCCUUGCUACUUCUUUUUAUGGAAAGUUUUAAGGGAAAAACGCAAGGGCAUAAGACAAAUACCUUAUUCUCAAGGAAAGUGGUAGCCAACGUCCAUGAAAUAACAUUCAUUUUAAUGCUCGGCUGGUAUUAGCCUCACUUUGCAGUUUGAGGAAAUAGGUUCAAAGAUGUGAAGGUGACGGGCCCAGAACUUGAAUCCUUGUGACAGAUUUAUUACUGUUCUUUUUUAAAAGCCAACCUUUUACAGCAGGGCGGUUUAUAGGGGCAAGUUAAAUCUUUGACUCGUGAACAUCACCUGUAAUAUCCACCUGAUGCCACCAGGGUGUCCCAUGGUGCUGUCUUUUAUCGUGUUCCUACCCCGGUUGUUGGGGGCUGUUCUGAAGGAGUUCAUUUAGACUCAGUGGCUGAGGCCCAGAGCUCAGCAGCAAGAAAGUGGGGUGUUCAGCUCCCUGACUUUCUAGUAUGCAGUACCGAGCCAGCAUCAGAGAUGCCCUUGCCCUCUUUUAACCCCUCCAGCCAGGCUGGCCUCACAGGACAGCAGGGCCUGGCUAGCAACUCUUAAGUAGGCAACAGCCCCACAAAGGAGAGUAGCUUAGAAAAGACCCCAUAUACGGGUAAAUGUCUAUAAACAUAUGCAUUUGUUCCAGUAGCUGAGUACACACAAAUUUAUAGUAGUAAAAUAGAUCCACGAGAAAGAUUGAAUUGUUUUUACUUACCACUCUAAGUAGAAGAAUUUUAAAAGACAAUGUGUGAAUUCCCACUCUUCAGUUUGCAGUAAAAAUCUGCGUUACACUUAGUCCUGAGUGUACAACCCCUUAGGCUUGAGUUUUGAUACUCAGCAAUCCUACAUGAUAAUCUUUGGUGUCAAAACUGUCACGUGGGAACUAAUGAGGUGAAGUCUCCUACUUAGUAUUAAAGAGCACAAUACCCUCUUAAAUUUUUUUUUUCUUCCAGCGCUCUUUAAGCACUUUGUCUUAACUAGUCUAUAAUUCUCAAGUUUUGGUUUCUCUACUUGAAGAGAUCCUUAAAGUAUUCCCAGUGACUAGUACGGUUCCAGGCAUUUUAAUACAGGUGUUCAAUAAAUACUUGCAUACUGAAAUAGUGAAGCCUGCACAAUAGUUACAGGAUAGUUAAACAUGAAGCAUUUCUGUAAGGAAAAGAGUCUACAUUAGGGAUAGGGAGGUCUUUGAUUUGUCCUUAAGAUGAUUAGAAGCCAUUAUGAACUGGGGAAGUAGUCCCUGGGGUGUCCUGACUGGCCUUUCGAAAUCUGAAAUACGUUUUUCUGGGUUGGAAUUAGCACAGCCUGAAUUUGACUUUACCCAUGCAAUAUCUAAGACUGGGUGUUCACCAGGGCUCUUAAGAGCCACCAGGAUAGACUUACUAAAUUAGAGUAAAUGUUACUGAUGGGAGAUGUUGGAUUGGUGGUGCCCUUUCCCCUUUCUGCUCCCUGCCUACACAGGUGUGUUGCCCUUCUCAAAUUCCCGUGGUUUUUCAGGAAGUAACUGGAAUAAAUCCUAAACCUACCUAUAGUAGUCCAGCAUCCUUUUCAAUUUUCUCAUCUCUUUAGUGAGAGAGCUAAUCACAGAUUAUAGUACCAAUUUAGACCCUUCCAUGUGCUUUGCUUAAGUGAUUAGAGUAACUAUCUGAGCUAAAUUAAAUCUAUCAAACGGGGGCUUUCUCAGCCUUCAUGAAUUUUGCUGAGUGUACUAUGUAAGGGACUGGAUGAAUGACGGUAGGAAUAAAGGUUAUCAGUUCCAAUGCAGAUGGUUCUAAUGUCCUUGCGAAGCAUCACUGAGGGAUUUUUUCAUCCCAUAUUAUGAAUCUAGUUCUAAUAGAUUGGUCUGAAGACCCUCUUCCAUAUGUGAAGAGUAAGUAUAUUAUGCCUUUACUAUCUAAAGUGCAAACUACUAAAGGCAGAAAUAAUGUGUAUCUUAGAAUGCCUGUUUCUGGGAUUACCUUACACCCAGUGCUCAGGCAGCAUUUUCACGGUUUGGAUUGACUACUUGCCAUCUGCUCCCCUGAGUAUUCACUGCUGAAUGACAGGAGAGAAAGUGAAAGGAAAGGUGCAGUGGGAGAGGAAGCUGGAAAAAUAAGAGGAAACAACUGGGAGCUGAGGGGGGCCACUUAAUGUUAGGUCAGUAAAACAAAAAGCAGAGGACAGGGUCAGGCUUUGGGGGUAGAGGGCUAAUGUAUUUCUGUGAACUAGUUGAGGAGAGCCUUGUAUGCUUUGUUUAAAAGACUAAAGUUACUUCAGAAGAAAAGUCUAGAAUCUGACCCAUCGUCCCUGUUUACCAUAGUAAAUCGUUCAAGUCAAAAUCAACACUGUCCUCUAGGAAUUCUGGUCUUUGUUCUUCAAUUCUAGGAAAGAGCUUCCUGCCGCUGCUCCCGCAGUCAAGGGUGCGAUGCUUCCAGUAGUGUUUGUGGAUAGCUGGCUGACCUGGUCCUUGAUGUGCUACCUGCUUCUGCUACUGAUCCAUACUGCAGAACUCCUCAUUCAUCCCCAAGGCCUCCAAGCAAUGUCCAAUAGGGAAUCGACUCUAAAAGGAACCAGACCAACGUUUCCAGCCCCUUCAUUCUGGUGACUGAGGGAAGGAAACAGUGGGAGGGGUUAUACAUGUGUAGUGGAUAGAAGGGAAACACAGACUGUCAGAUUACUAUAUCUCUUUAGUUUCUUUUACGAAUAGAAUUCUGCAACCGUAUUAUUUCUAUUGUGUAAGUAUAGGGGAAGUUCAAGAUGGUGACCUUGAUUAGAAUGUGUCCGGAGAGGAAUAAAUGGAGUGUCUGAGAUAAGAGACAGUUGGUUAUGAAAGAUGUUGAAGUCUUGAAAUAAUGUGACCAUCUGAGGAAUUUUUUUAAGCCAGGGUUUAUAAAAAUAUCACUGAUACAGCCUGCCCCCUCAUUUCCCGCCACAGGAGACUUCUUGGACUUGAGACACUUGUUUAAUAAUAGCUUGUCUCUGAUAUUCCCAGUAGCUACCUCCCUGUGAGGAAAGGAUAGCAAACGUUCAGGACAUCAUCAUACAAAGUUCCAGUAGCAGUGACACCUACGCGGAAGACUUGGAACUGCAAACAGAGGCUGGGGUCACCUCAGUGACAUCUGACGCCGUCCAACCACAAGUUUGAUUUUUGUUUUGUGGGGUGAGGGAGCAGACUGUACUAAAGGACUAAAAUGAUUUCUUGUCUAUA